UGCUAAUAUGCAGAAAUUUAUGAAUGAUGAAAUAAUUAUUAUCUCAGGUGAGUUUGAUUCACUCUCCUAUUUAUUCAGGUCUGGCCUCUGGUUCAGUGAUAUCUUUUGUAUAGUAGGAAUAGUAGCUUAGAAAAGUAGGUCAUGCUGCUAGAUACUCUUUAAGAUGUACGGGAACCAUUUGUAUAGGAACACUCUGUAGUUGCUUUUAUUCAGAGCUGGGGUGUAGAUCAGUGGUAGAGCACUUGGCUAGCAUAUGAGGCUAUGGGUUUAAUCCCUAGUACUGCCCUCCCCCCCAAAAAAAAACACAGGAUAGAGUUUCUGUUGUAAAUUUUAUGUUUUAAGACCAAUAAAAGAUAGGACUGGAUUUUGGCUUUCAAGAUCUCUAGGCACUUUCGCCUUCUAGCCCACCUCCUCCACUAAAAAUAAAGUUUGUACUUUGCUACUGCGUUUGUAUAAAAACAUUUUAGUGUUCAUUUUUCUGAUUUUAAAAUAAAACCUUUUCACAAGCCCUAGUAAGUUAGAAAGUGCAAAAUGAGCUGCUGUGGUGUCCUCCAGGGUGUUAGCCUUUUUAGCAACUAGGACAGCACCCUCUCUUCGCGUCCCCGGCCGCACACCCGUCUUAGCACCGACGCCGCUUCCGCUCCGCACCCCUCUUGGCGUGCGGGCGGAGCCGAGGGCCGGGUCGGGUCGCGGGGCCCCGCGGGGCUUGGCGCUUGGCCUCGCCCUCCAUCCGCUCUCCCGCGCGCCGUCACCGCGCCCCCACGCCAGGACGAGUGGGAGCCGACGCCCGGGGGUCGGUGCUGCAGGAGGAAGCCGCUGCCAUCGCGACAGUUCCGACCGGGCCGGGGCUUCGCUUAAGCGGUGCAGGGGCGGAGGCGGCUGCCGCUGAGCUGGCGUGGCUGCUUGGGGUUUCGGCAGCGCUAAACGUAGCGCGGGCAGACGGGGCGCAGCCUCCUGCGGCGGGCGCCGGCUCCCGCCAGCUACCGGCGCCGCGCUUUCCUAGCCCCGGAAGGGCGCUCCUGCGCGGUGCGCGGGGUGGGGAGGGCACUUCGGUCGCCCGGCGGUCGGGCUCCUGUCACUCACAGCCGGCCCCGCCCAGGGGCUUCCCUUCGCCCGGCGCUCCAGAGUUCCUUUUAAAUACAGUACCGCAGCGCCCUGCUUACGUGCUGGUCCCCACGCCCUCGUGCGGCGUGUUCUUCAUCUUCUGAUUGGUCGAGGUUCCUGUCAGUUACCCGUGACUCUUGAGGUCGCCGGUCGUGGCCCCGCCCUCUUCCGAGAGCCCUGAAAACAAUUUUAAGAUGGCGGCGGCGGCGGCGCGGAAAACAAUGGGGCCGGGGCGGAGGGGAGAGGCCGAGGCCUGAGGCGGGCAGCGAGCGCCGGCCCUAGUGGGGCCGAGCGGGGCAGGAAGAAGCAUCUUCAUGAUACAGUGAAAAGGAAUCUUGACAGCACCACCUCCCCUCAGAACGGCGAGCAACAAAAUGGCUAUGGAGACCUCUUUCCUGGGCAUAAGAAGACCCGCCGGGAGGCCCCCCUGGGUGUGGCCAUGUCUGCCAAUGGGCUCCCGCCAGCCUCGCCCCUCAGUCAGCCUGACAAGCCUUCCCCUGGAGAGGCCCUGCAGGCCAGUGGGAAGCACUCCCUGGGGCUGGACUCCAUCAACAAAAAGUGUCUGGCCGACCCCAGCCUCCACCUGAACGGAGGCAGUAACGCAGGCGAGUCCUUCGCUCUGAGCCUGAGUAAGGAACUGAAGCAGGAGCCUGUCGAUGACUUGCCGUGCAUGAUUGCUGGAGCUGGAGGCUCCAUCUCGCAGAGCAACCUCAUGCCCGACCUCAACCUCAACGAGCAGGAGUGGAAGGAGCUCAUCGAGGAGCUGAACAGGUCAGUGCCCGACGAAGACAUGAAGGACCUGUUUACUGAGGACUUUGAAGAGAAGAAGGACCCAGAGCCUUCUGGUUCCACCACACAAACCCCCUUAUCCCAAGACAUUAAUAUUAAGACGGAGUUCUCUCCAGCGGCCUUUGAGCAGGAACAGUUAGGCUCUCCACAAGUGAGGGCCGGGUCUGCAGGACAGACCUUCCUGGGAUCUUCAUCUGCGUCUGUGAGCACGGAUUCCCCCAGCCUCGGGGGCUCUCAGGCCUUGUUCCACACCUCUGCUCAGCCCGGGGCGGACAACCCCAGCCCGAACCUGAUGCCGGCAUCAGCCCAGGCCCAGAAUGCACAGCGAGCUCUCACAGGUGUGGUGUUACCUGGCCAGGGCCCAGGAGGCGCCCCCGAGCUGUCCUCUGCCCACCAGCUCCAGCAGAUUGCUGCCAAGCAGAAGCGGGAACAGAUGCUCCAGAACCCACCACAGGCCGCCCCAGCCCCGGCCCCAGCCCAGAUGCCCACGUGGCAGCAGGCAGGGCCCUCCCACAGCCCCUUAGGUGUCCCUUAUCCCGUAGAGAAGCCUGCCAGCCCUGCUGGCUACAAGCAGGACUUCCCCAGCUCCCAGCUGCUCAUGAUGUCUGGAGUAAACAAGAGUUCCCCUCGGCCCGGAGGUCCCUUCCUCCAGCCUGGCCACGUGAACCUGCUGAGUCACCAGCCGCCGAGUAACUUGAGUCAGAACUCCGUUAGUAACCAAGGAUCGGUGCUGGACUAUGGCAAUACAAAACCCCUUUCUCAUUACAAAGCGGACUGUGGGCAAAGUGGCCCCGGGUCUGGCCAAAGCAAGCCAGCCCUGAUGGCCUAUCUCCCCCAGCAGCUGCCUCAUCUGAAUAAUGAGCAAAACGCCUUGUUUCUAAUGAAACCGAAGCCAGGAAACAUGCCCUUCCGGUCACUGGUCCCACCCGGCCAGGAGCAGAAUCCUGCCAGCGUCCCUGUGCCAGCCCAGGCCACCAGUGUUGGGACCCAGCCGUCUGCUGUGUCCGUGGCCACCACGCACAACAGCGCCCCGUAUCUCAGCAGCCAGCAGCAAGCGGCUGUCAUGAAGCAGCAUCAGUUGCUUUUAGACCAGCAGAAACAGAGGGAGCAGCAGCAGAAGCACUUGCAGCAGCAGCAGCAGCAGCAGCAGCAGCAGCAGCAGUUCCUGCAGAGGCAGCAGCAGCAGCUUCUGGCAGAGCAGGAGAAGCAGCAAUAUCAGCGCCAUCUGACCCGCCCGCCCCCCCAGUACCAAGACCCAACACCAAGCUCCUUCCCACCGCAAGUGGGCCAGUUCACAGGACCCGCGGCUGCUGUGUCUGGCAUGAACAACUUGGGUCCGUCCAACUCCACCUGUCCUCGCGUUUUCCCUCAGCCUGGGAAUCUGAUGCCCAUGGGUCCUGGACACACCUCGGUUUCCUCGAUCCCCUCCAACUCAGGCCCACAGGACCGGGGUGUCGCCCAGUUCCCCGGCUCCCAGAGCAUGCCUCAGGGCGGUCUCUAUGGCCUGGCAUCAGGCAUGACUCAGAUGGUUGCCCAGGCCCCGCCACAGGCUGCCAAUGGACACGCCCACAUUCCGAGGCAGCCAGGCGUGGGCCAGAGCACAGCGGUGCCAGCUGCCUAUGGACAGAACUCUCUGGGGAGCUCUGGCCUCUCCCAGCAGCACAACAAGGGGACUCUGACCUCUGGCUUAACCAAGCCACCCGUCCCAAGGUUGCCAGCAGCCAUCGGAGGCCAGAACGCCUCAUGGCAGCACCAGGGAAUGCCGAACCUGAAUAGCCAGACCCCCGGGAGCAGCGGCGUGAGCCCCUUCACUGGCGCCUCCACCUUCCACAUGCAGCAGGCCCACCUGAAGCUGUCCAGUCCGCAGUUCUCCCCAGCGAUGCCUAGCAGGCCCAUGGCCCCCAUGAGCUCAGCCGCUGCGGCAGGGUCCAUGCUGCCCCCGGUGAGCACGCAGCAGAGGACCGGUGCAUCUGCCCCUGCACCCCCGCAGACAGCCCCGCAGCCCGCCUUGUCUGGCCUGAGCCCCGCGGGGCCGGAGCUGAGCGCCUUCGGGCAGAGCCCCGCCUCGCAGAUGGGCGGCCGUGCAGGACUGCACUGUGCUCAGGCCUACCCUGUGCGGACUGCGGGCCAGGAGCUGCCCUUUGCCUACAGUGGGCAGCCAGGCAGCGGGCUGUCCAGUGUGGCCGGACACACCGACCUGAUCGACUCCCUGCUGAAGAACAGGACUUCGGAGGAGUGGAUAAAUGAGUUGGAUGACUUUUUAGGGUCUCAGUAGUGGAGGGUUUGUGGUGGCUUUAGUACUCAGCUGUCCUCUACUUUUGUUCCCAGAUUCAAGAAAGAGCAACUACUCUGGACCAAAAGCCCAUGGCCCAGGCAGCUGGGCAGGCGGAACCCAGGCUGCAGCAGAGGCCCCGGCUGGUCCGGGUCUGGGGGGCCCAGGCCAGCACGUUCGGUCCAUCGGGCUGGCCCCGGCCCGUAUGCUGAAAUCACUGCCUGGUGCUGGGCAGCAGAACAGGGUUCUAAAGGUGGUCUCCCCGCCUCGUGACCGAACGCCCAGCAGUAGCAGUGUGACAUGCAGUGGAGCCAUGGAGCGGGCUCUGCAGGAUUUCUCCACUUGCCUCAGUGUUGGGCACAGGUUUUGGUCGAAACCUUAAAUAGCAGAAUUAUUUGUAAUUCGUAGCAUAGAAAAGAAUUUUUUGAAAAUUUUACACAGAUUAGCGUAGGUGAUGGUUUAAAGUGAUGAAGAGGCAUUGGAAACCUAGAGUUUCCUCCCACUAAAGAGCCUUGUCUUCCUGCUCUGCCGGCUCUCAGGGGAGGAGGGUGGCGGGAAAGGCACUUCCGUCAGCGCAGCCUGUGACUGCAGAUGCCAAAAGGGUCAGGAGACUGGGAGGGGGCCGACCUGGAGACCCAGGUGGGCGUCCCAGAGCUGCCCCUGCUCCCUAGUGCGUCCCUCUCAGUGUCACUCUGAACGUGCCAGAAGCCCAGGCUGCAGGUGGAGAUUUGGGGGCCUGGUGUCAUGUUAGGGCGCCCCACCUCCUGCGGUUUCUCCGAUAGCUUGUGUUUAACAGGCGGGGCGUAAGUUGUGCACACAGAUUUUCCCCAGCCCGUCUGCAUUUCCCGUGACCUUCCUUUCUGCCUCCCCUUUUUCCUCUCCAGCCCAGGUGGGAAGCAGUGAUGUACUACAGUGGAGGGAGAAACGGAAGCCAGAAAAAUUCCUUAGGUAAAGCUUUGGGGAGAGAGGCUGCAGGCCGGCCCUGGGGAAGGAGUUCUACUUUGCUGACUUCUCCUCCGCGAUAGGUGACUUGCACUUUUAAAGAUUGCUUUAUAACACUAACACAUCCUCUCUAAGGGUUCUGGGAGAUUCUCUUUGAAGGUCUUAAUGAGCUUCACUGAGCCGAGAGCCCACAGAACAGGGUAUGCGGCGAGGGCUGUUUGUGGAAGCCAGAUGCGGCACUUGGCCACUUGGAAAGCGAGAUGCGGAGCGUGGUCGAGACCCGCCGUGCGCACAGGGCGGAGGGAGGAGUCUGCCCAGGAGAAGGGCUGCGCGCAGUCUGGAGAAGCCGCACCCUGUGUCCGUUUCCCUGGUGUCUCAAAGUGCAUCAUUCAGUGUCGCGUCAGGAACUGAGCCAAGGAAAUCCGUGACUAGCCCAAGUCACUUUGGUAAUUUGUUUGCACCAGCAGUGCCUUUUUUGCCAGGGCUCCUUGGACCCUCAGAUUCUUGUUUUGUAGCCAUUUGCCACCACUGGCGGGUGUGGCCCUCUCUCAGCCCUGCACUGCCUUCCCCGUCCCCAGAUAGGCAGCUUAGCUCUCAAGGCCGGAGGAGUCCCAAAGCCAGUGAAGACCCCGCCCUCGGAGCAAGUUCCCCAAGCUUGGGGAAGAGCGUGGCUUCAGCAGGUUUUCUACUGAAAGCCAGGCCGACGGCUGGUUCUGGAUCCUUGCUCCACUCCUGUCUCCCCAGGCCACCUCCUGCCUCGGUCCCGCCGGGUGCCCGCCAGCCCGCUGUCUGCCUGAGGCCCAGGCCGGCUGGGCAGACGGCGGGCUUCUCACUUGCUGCAGUGUCAUAGCAAUAAAAUGUGAUUCUUGGGGCCCUCCAGGAGCUGCCCGUGGCUUUAUUUAUGAACCUGGCUUUGGGGGGUCGGGAGGCGAUGACUGCUGCCAUGCACAUCCCCAUCUUCCUAGAGCCACAACUCAGAAGAAAGGGUGCUUGGACUUUCGUUAUACACAUGUGCUUUGUGUAAAUAAAUGUUUACAGUUUUAUAUUGAAGAUGGAGUAAGCGUUAGAGCUUCCAACUGUAUAUUUUUUACUUUUAUAGAUUUUAAAACUAUGAUCCUUUAUAUAUCUGUUUUUGGGGAGCUAUAAGUUUUAUGGCAAUUAGUAUUGUUAACUUUUUAUGGUCCUCAGAAGUACAUAAAAGUCCUAUUAAUCCCUUUAUUCUUCCACUUCCCUUAACUCUAGUAUACACCAAAAAGAAGUCUUUACUUUCCUUGUUUUAUCAUUAUAAAAAUAAUAAAAGUAUUUUGCUAGUACAGAAA